AUGGGAAACGUUUUGUCGGCACCGAUACCUAACCAAAUAUUGACUGUAGAAGCAUGUAUUUCGGAUAUUAGCGAUGUGGAAUAUGUCGGAAGCCUAGGAAGUACUCGAUUUAUGAAAGUAGCUCGAGUAGAUCAUGCGGAAGGUCCAUCAGUUCUUAAAGUUUUUAUUCUACAAGAUCCAUCAUUUUCGAUUGAUCUCUACCGUGACCAGGUUAUUCAAAUCCGCGAUCUCCUGUGCAAUGCCUACAACUGCUGUCCUUUCAGACGAGUAUAUGUUACAUCACGCUGUGUUAUUCUGUCACGGCCAUUCCAGAAGUAUACUCUUUAUGACCGCAUAACCACACAUCCAUAUCUUACGGAUAUUGAGAAAAGAUGGAUUACUUUUCAUCUCUUCAAGGCGCUUGCUCAAUGCGAAUAUGCCGAAGUAUGCCAUGGGGACAUAAAAACUCAGAAUAUCCUUGUUUCAAGUUAUAAUUGGGUACAAGUAACCGAUUUUGCAUCAUUCAAGCCUGCCACUAUUCCAUCGGAUGAUCCAUCGUAUUUCACAUUUUUCUUCGACACGAGUCGACGGUUAACCUGUUGUUUGGCACCAGAAAGAUUUUGCACCAGUCAAGAGCUAAAUUUACUUCCGAAUCUUCCGGGUGAAUUUAUGGAUGUCUCUAAAGGCCUCACACACGCUAUGGAUAUUUUUUCUCUUGGCUGUGUACUUGUUGAGCUGUUUACGGAAGGGCAAUGUCCAUUUACUUACGAAUUACUCGUUAAAUACAAGCAUGCUUCUGACGCAGAGGCACAAGCGAUGAUUCAAAAAAUCCAAGAACAGUUGCCUGAAGAAUUACGCAGCAUGAUCAGUUUGAUGCUUCAUCGAAACCCAGCAAAAAGGCCGAAAGCAUCAGUUUUAGUCCGAGAAUAUUCUCCGCUCUUAUUUCCACCAAUAUUUGAUCGCUUCCUAUAUGGUUAUAUAAAUGCCUUUCGACCAAAAUAUGUACAAACAAGCGUAUCGCUUGAAGAAGCGCAAACUUCAGAAUUAAUAGAGCCGGAUGAUGCGAUUACAAAGUUAUCACUCGAUAUGCAAGCAACUGUGGGAAAAUUAUCAGAGAAAGCUGAGCUUAAUGGAAAACCGUUCGAUCAAUUACGCGGCCUUUUACUUAUUAUUGCACUGAUCACCUCAAAUAUGCGUUCACUGAAAUCAUUAACUAUAAAAUUUGAAGCUAUGAAGUUAUUGCAUAGGUACGUGCCGUGGGUUGAUAUAUCAGUUGUUGCGAAUCGUAUGUUGCCGUAUUUGGUUGAAAUGAUGUUCGAUUGUAUGGUUCAGGUUAAAUGUGAAGCAAUUUAUUCAGUUACUAAGCUACUAACAUCAUUCAAGGAAAUACCACGCCAUGAAACUGGAUUAUUUAUGGAUUAUUUGUUUCCAAGACUUAAAUAUGUCUCGCUGGAUCGAAAUCCCGUGGUACGAAUAAUUUUAGCGCAAAAUUUGGGCGAUUUAGCCGAAGCUUCUUUUAGAUUUGUGUAUGAAAAACGGAAAAAUUUAACGAAAGAUUUGUUGGAUGGAUCGAUGGUUACCGAAAUGGACGACAAUGAAUGUGAAAAGCAAUUUGCAAAGCAAGAAACGAAAGCGCUUCAGCAGACUAUUGUUGACAUUUUCGUCAAUUUAUGCGACUCUGAGAACAUCGUUAAGCAUAGCGUUGUAACUCGGAAGUCACUGACAAAGCUGUGUCGCUUUUUUGAUCGUAGGAGAGCAACGGAUGUUUUGCUGUCGCAUUUGAUUACAUUUUUGAAUGACAAAGUCGAUUGGCGCCUUCGAGCAGCAUUCUUUGAAUGCUGUCCCAUAGUUGCUCAUAUGAUUGGUCGUCAGGGUACCUACAUUUUGCAAGCACUUUUGCAACAGGGUUUAUAUGAUUACGAAGAAUUUGUGCAGUUCAGCACCUUGUCUUGCAUAUGCCAAUUAUGUGAAAAAAAUUUACUUGAGAAAAGUGCUAUUUACGAAUUACUAAAUGAUGUCGUGCAGUUUUUAUCUCAUCCAAAUGAAUAUCUGCGAAUGGCAACGCUGAAUGUUUUAAGUACACUGGACGCAAAAUUAAACAUAGCAGAUAUUUUGUGCCGAGUAAUGCCAGCGGUAGAGCCUUAUGUAAAAGAGAGGUUGAUAAAACUACGGAAUAAGUUUGUAGUUGCCGCUUUGCUAAGACCUCAUAUUCCACGUCCGAUUUGGAACUAUGUAGUGAACGUUGCACCUGUCAAGUUAUUGCUCGAUUUCAUAGCAGAUAAACAGAUAUAUAUAGCUUUGGAUGGUGGUCCAGACUCAAUGCUUGCAGUUAACAGGAAAUACCAACCAGCUUCGGCACAGUUGGAAUCCUGCUUAAAACACUUGGAAAAUUUGGGCAUGGAUCAUAAUGUCGAAGACAAAUUAGUUCGUUUUGAAGAUACAAUAACUAAAAUGGUUGAUUUUCGCAUCAGUUUGGGUGCUAACUUGAACCGAAAGCUUGGUGUCAUUGAUUUGGCAAAAACUGAUGUGAAACUGCAUGCAUUCGAUCUUAGCAGUGAUCCAAAAACGGCAUGUGUUAAGACAAUUAGUGCAAGUGGCGAAUAUCCUGCAGAAUGGAGAAAUAUUUAUGAUGACGUUAACACGCUUGCAUUAAAUUCGGGAUCUCUUGUUUCAGAAACACAAAAAUUGCCCGAAUAUACUUUAUCAACAUCGGGUUUCUCACAUCUUGGUGCUGACCACAAUUUUACUGCACGUUCGUCGGCUUGUAAAAUAAUGCUCUCGGAGCUACUAACUCACAAGAGGGAACGUUAUGCAAAGCGUCAACGAUUUCAUCCUAUCAUCUAUUCUGGAAGUUCUUCUGCUAAUUCCAAUUCCUCACUACCGUUACCAUCUAUACGUCUUGGUAGCAAUUUAGUUUCCCAUCUACAUGAACAUAAAGCAGCUGUUAACAAAUUAGCACAAAAUCCGAAUGCUUGUUUUGCGAGCGCGGGAGCUGAUGGACUUGUGAAACUAUGGUCACUGAAUCGAAUACAUGGAGAUUUGAGUAUGACUGUCCGUGCCGAUGCUACAUUUAACUACAGCGAUCAGGAAAUCAGUUCAGUGCAGUUUUUGGGACGAACAGGAUCUCACCUGGCUAUUGCAAGUGAAGAUUGUCGUAUUAGCUUUAUCGAUGCUGAACGAAUGCAGCUUUUAACAAAGAUUAGUUUCGAUAAAGAAAGAGAAGGUCCACCAGUGGAUAUCAUUGCCGUUGAUAAUCUUCUCUAUGUUUUAACCCAUCACAGCAGCAUUUUUUGCCUUGAUUGCAGGAUACCAACGUAUGAGAGAGCAGUUUUGGGCUGUAAGCCUAAAUUAAUUUGGAAACAUCGCAUCAAAAAUGAAUAUGGUUUGAUAACAUCAUUUUGUAUCGAUCCAGUAAGUCAAAAUUGGAUGUGUCUUACAUCAACCAGUCGUUACAUCAUUCUGUGGGAUCUAAGGUUCGGAGUUGAAGUGAAUAGUUGGCCACAUCCGAAUGAAGCAUGCAGGAUGUUGCGUUGUUGGCCAGCGUAUCCGACAGUGAAUGAGCAUGCUGGUAGUUCUUGUGCAGAAAUUUGGACAGCAUCAUCGUGUGCAUUCGAACUAUCUCGUUGGAAAUUGGAAACAGCCCAAAGGACACAUGUUAUAUGGCCUUCUCCCACCAAGCCGUUCCAAUAUUCCAUGAAAGACAAGCAUGUGACAUCAGCAUUGGCCACUUGUCCCUUGACAGGUCGUAUUUUCACAGGUGACAGUUUGGGUGCCAUACGAUCGUAUAAUUUAUCGGAUCCAAACGAAUGUUUUUAUCUUUCUGGAUCACUUCGACGAACCACAGAAGCCGUUUCUUUAUCGUCCGAGCAUUUCGCUCCCAUUCGUUACAGUAAAUCCGUAAUCGAUACAAUAGAAGUUUUGAGUGAAACGGUUACGGGUAGGACUGCUGAACCGCUUUAUGCUGUAAAUCCACUUGAAUUGACCGUAUGUCACAAAAGUCCGAUCACCGAUCUUUUAUGCUGUGGAGAGUAUUUGAUUUCAUCAGGUCGGGAUGGUGUUAUCAAAGUGUGGAAGUAG